AAAACACCAAACAAGCCCAGACACACACCGACUGAUCGCUGGACAGGCGAUGUACGGUUUACUCAGCAGACCCACGCAACCUGUGGACUGGACACGCUGACAAGCCGCGGACGGCUGAAGAGCGACCUCCAGACAUCAACACCGAGCCGUGAUUAUUCCACACGCGCUCUCCGGCGUGUUUUUAAAGCCGUAUUUUUGUUCCUCAAACAGCCAUCAUCGGACUACCUGUCAAAGCGACUGAGUGACAUAUUCACGGACGUGAUCGCUGCAGAAUGUUGGAGGAGAUAGUGCCCACGGUGGAUGAUUUGACAACAGCCGCAGCGCGGGGAGACAGUAACCGUGUGGACACUCUCCUGUGGGCAGGAGUUGAUCCUAACGGGUGCAACGUUUUUGGAAGAACCGCUCUGCAGGUGAUGAUGAUGGGCAGCACGACGGUGGCUCGGUCGUUACUCAGGGCAGGAGCUGAUCCCAACUUGAAGGACAUCAGCACAGGGGCCACGCCGCUGCACGACGCGGCCAGGACGGGCUUUUUGGACACUGUGAAGGCGCUGGUGGAGCACGGGGCUGACAUCCAGGCCAGGGACAAUGCGGACCGGCGGCCUAUCGAUUUGGCCACAGAGAAUGAACACUCAUCUACAGCUGAUUAUCUGACGUCUCUGGAAAACCCUCAGUGAUGCUUGAUCUGAUAGACUCGGGGCUCAGAGAGCCGGGGCCUGAGGAGGCCUCCAAUAUGACUUAUUACACAGAGGCGGUUUUGCUGUAAAUAUUUUUUAUUUAUUUGUCUGUUUCUUUGCUAAAAUAGUUGCAAUAUUUUAUUUUUUAACGAAAUCGGCUUUAUCACGCAGGGUCGCUGUUCUGAAAGAGCACAAUAUUGUUAUAAAAAUAUAAAGCCAGGCUGGUCGGGAUAUUAUGUUUACAAACACAUACACACAAUUUGUUGCUGGUUUAUCUUCCGUUUUGUAAUUAGAUUAUGCCCAAUAAGCCUCUAAGGAGUCCCCAUCUGUGCAGUGUACAGUUUUACUUUAAUAUGUCUAAAGUAAAUUGGUUUUUUAAAAAAAAAAAAAAAAAAAAAAAAUCAUUAUUGUCGCUCCUCGUCGUAAAAGUGGUGGAAUUACUGUAUUUUAAAUAUCUUUUAAUUUUAAGUAUUUAACCAAAUAGCAGAAAAGCCAUUUCAAAAUGUUUUUGCACAUUGAAUAUUAGUGUAUCACUGUCGAUGCACUAUUCUGUAUACGUUAUCUUUAUCCUCCCCUUCCUGUUUGUGCAAAUGAUAUUCACAACUGGCAUAUUAUGCACUUUAAUAAUAUGUAAAAUGUAAAUAAACUUUUAAAGUAUGAAGCAGAUU